AUGUUCUCCGUCGUCUUGCCCGGCAGGCUGCCUCUGACAACACCGCAACAAGUCGACGAGACGCACUGCGUCUUCCCGCUGGAGAAUGCAUCUACGAUCUCGCACGUCGUCGUCUUCAUGACCGGCGUACAAGCGUUCCCAGAAGGCCUCUCAGCCACCGUCCACCUGCUUUGGCCCUCUCCAACGGGCUCAACAGCCGGUGCAGGAGAGUGGAAGCUCCUCGGUUGUCUACGCAACUCCAAGCCCAGCGCGAUAUUCAAAGUCACCAAACCGCAGUCGGUAGCAGAAGGAGCAGCGACACUCGGGAUAUCCAUCGAACCGGACGCCGUGGUGGACCAACAAGUCACUUCUCUUCAAUCUCCCUCAAAUGCGCUCGCACUCACAACUAUCACACCAUCCCAAGCAGGAGGCGGCGAAGCAGCGGCGUUGAACGUGGCACCCAAGAUCGCCAAGAACGCCUUCGCCUAUCUCAGCUCCUUCGCACCCGAUUCGGCACCACAGACCGUACCGCUGCUGCAAAAGUGGUUGGAACAGCUCGAGCGAAAGUUGAGGUCGCAGGGCGUGGGCUUUUUGGAUAAGCAAGAGNGCGCGCACACCCACAGCAUCAUCACCCAGCAUCUCACUUUCGCUGCAUCGCAUCUCAAUCACAAUCGCACAAACUCCAGCCCAGCAUGA